AUGAAAUUACUUGGUGCUCUUUUGCUCCUCACUCCCCCGGAGGUAGAAUGCAAAGACAUCAAACAGAAGAUGAUGGAGAAUCGUCUGAAAUUCGACCGAGACGUGGUCAUCCACGGCGACGAAGAAGAAGAUGAUUGGGAUCCUUGGGAUUUGGAAGACGACGAACUCCAGGCAAGACUCAGAAAACUCGUCGUUCGAAUGGAUCACAACCGCGACGGAUACGUUGACCAAGAAGAACUCACCAGCUGGUCCCUUGGAGCGGUUUAUAAUCUCGAGUCAGAGAACUUGUCCCUCGAGUUCCAUUCGCAUAUUCACAUUGGGCGAGGCGGCUUCCCCGAUGAUUUCGCCGCGAAAAAAGAGGCUGGCGAUUAUACGGUGAAUUGGAAGGAGUACGUUUUCACCAAUUGGAAUAUCCAUAUUGACGAUGAGGACCAUGUAGCAAAGCCUAGGAGCAAAUCUGAAGACCAGAUUCUUAAAUUCAACCAGCGCAAUAAUGAAUACAACAAAAUAGAUCAAAAAGCAGUUCUCGCAGAAGCUCUCAAUUCUGUCGAUACUGAUGGAGAUGGCAAGAUUUCUCUCCAAGAAUAUCUCAAAGAUUGGCAUCAAACUCCAUCAAAUGUCGACGAAGAAUUCAUGGAACUGGAGACCGACCGCUUCAAGGACGAAUACGACAGAGAUAGCAAUGGAUUUAUUGAGGCUGAUGAGCUUAUCUUCUGGCUCUCUCCUGACAACACAGAAAUCGCCAUCGACGAAGCCGAACAUCUGAUCGACAUGUGCGACGAAGACGAAGACGAGCGACUUACUCCCGACGAAAUCGUCGACAACCACGACCUCUGGGUGGACUCUGACGCGACCGAAUACGGCGCCCAGCUUCGUCAUUACGAUGAAUUGUAA